AUGGCGUUUAGGACCUCCGCCGCAGCCAACUGCCGCACACUCACCAAAGUGCACCAAGUUGCAGAGCGCUGGGAGAGGACUCAUGCCUCUAAAUUUGCACCUGCCAAAUAUCAACUUACCCACUUCUGGCGGAAGCACCAAAUGGUGCCUAAACCAAGGGGUAGGCUGGAUGUGCCUCUCAUAAUCAAGGGAGUGGAAAUCAAGCCUGUGGACUCAAUCAAAUAUCUCAGGGUCUAUCUGGAUACCCACCUCACCGGGGAAGUGCACAUACAGGAGAUGAGAGAGAAGGCUGCAAAACUGAUCAUGUACACAUGCUCCACAUGGUAUAUACAAGGUGGAAGAGGCUUCACUGGUGCGCAACGGGCUGCGGAGCAAGCUAUCUGA